CGGAAAUAUUUAAAUGACAGACGAAGUGAUUUGCGUUGAAGUUCGUGUAUGUACCUACCGCUGGUUUUAAAUAUUUUAUAAUAAUUUCUGAUUAUAAAUCCUGAAAAUUGUGACAGCAGGGAACAAGCACCAACUCAGAAAAACAAGAUGGCGAUGUCAUGGAAAGAAUUAUCCUUCACAUGGGCGAGAUGGGCACCUACCAGCGUUGGCUGGUGGUGCUCAUGCUGCCUUUCGGAGCAGCCAUGGCCUUCAAUUACUGCAUACAGAUCUUCAUAGCGGCCACACCGAAGGAGCAUUGGUGUAGAGUACCAGAACUAGAAAAUCUCACUGUAGAAUUAAGACGAAAUCUGUCUAUCCCUUUCACGGACGAGCCGCCAGGAUGGGACCGCUGUCGGAUGUUCGCCGCGAACUACACUGAAGUGCUGGCCACCCUCACUCGCCCCGCCAACGACACGCACCUCAUACCCUGCAGGAACGGAUGGGAGUUCCUUUUCAACGAUAUCCCUUACUCGACUAUUAUCAAUGAACGUGAAUGGGUAUGCGAGCGCGCGACGAAUGCGCCGCUUGCGCAGUCCGCCUACUUCGCCGGGUCUCUGGUGGGCGUGAUAAUCUUUGGAUUUCUUGGAGAUGCUUAUGGCAGGCUACCAGCUUUUGUUGGAGCCAAUAUAAUUGGAUUCAUAGGCAGCAUGGCGACGCUGUUCACCGUUGGUGAAUGGGACUAUGCUCUGGCUCGAUUUAUCGCAGGUCUCGCCAACGACACCUGUUACGUCAUGAUAUAUAUUAUAGUUUUGGAGUUCAUUGGCUCUCGGCACCGUUCUUGGGUUUCGAACGUAGCCAUGGGGUCAUCCUGCGCGGGCGCACAGAUUUUGAUUCCAUUGCUGGCUCUGUGGUUCAAGAACUGGAGGACGCUCCUCAUCGUCACCUCAUUGCCGUCGCUGUUGGCGCUCGCGAUGCCCUGGAUCGUUCCAGAGAGCGUCCGAUGGCUUUCUACAAGAGGAAAAAUAAACAGAGCUCUCAAAAUCUUGAAAAGAUUUGAAAGAAUUAACAAAACCAAAAUACCUGAAGAUGUACUCAAUGAAUUUAUUAUAAAAUCAAACAAAACACUCGAAUCUGACCAAUCCUUGAAAGCAGUUCUGCAAAGUUCCAAACUGCGGAAGUGCCUGAUAGUCCUCAUAUGCGUGGGCAUCAUCGCUUACAUCAGCAUAGACACCAUCAUUCGACUUUCUGAGAACAUCGGCUAUAGUUUAUUCGUUACUUUUGCCGCCUCAUCGUUCGCAGAGUUACCAGCUUUGGGAUUUGUUGCAUUUACUUUGGACAGGUUCGGCCGUCGUCCAUUCAUUGUAGCUACACUGGCCUUUACUAGCGUAUGUGCUUUUACAUGCUCAUUCAUGGCUCGAGAUGGUUUUCAAGCGUUUUUCGCAGUGUCAGUGAGGUUUUUCGUGAACAUGUCUUUGAGCGUGGUCUUUCAACUGGGCCCCGAAAUCCUGCCGACGCCAGCUCGGUCCAGCGGCAACUCUCUUAUUCAUCUCACUAUGCUGUUGGGUGCCGUAGUCUCUCCCUACGUCGUGCAUUCGGGCACAGUUUGGAGUUCCCUGCCGCUAGUUAUUGUUGGAGCAAUAACUGUAGUAGGAACAUUACUGUCACUACUUUUGCCUGAGACCACAGGUCGGUCCAUACCUCAGACAUUAGCUGACGGGGAACGACUCGUCGCGGAGAAUAUGCUGUGCGGGCGAAUUGAGCCCGACGAUGAAGACUUGCCUCGCCCAAACCAAAAAUGUUUACCUGAAACUUCUGCGUUUUGAAUCUGCCUUAAAUCAAUUACUGAACUACCAUUAAAUAAAAUUGGGAAUCAUUUUUACUUAGGUAUUGUAUCUUCAAUGAAGACAGUUUAUUCACUGACAUACAUUGUAAGAGUAUUUUUUCAUUUAUAUGUGUACGAAAGUGUAUA